UACAUAUUCAAAAGUUCGACUCGAUUUAACUACAUCCUAACAACUGGCCCGGGCGACACCUCUACUCUUCGUCUUAAACCCUGGAUUUGGUGCCAUUUAUUCCCGGCCCAUCUGUCGGUCACUGCUCUCGGCCUCUCUCGUUCUCGCACGCGGUCGGACGCCGUCAUCUUCAUCGGCGAGAACGCCCGAAGUCGCAGCCGGAAUAAUUUUCUCUCCUUCUCUCGUCUUUCACCUUUCAUCCUUCUUCCCCUCUUCGCAGGCCCUCGUGCAGACUCUCCGCUAAUGGCUCCAAUGUCGCAGAGCUCUAAAUUGAAGAAGAAAUUGAACAAGAAUAUUCUAAGAAAGGAGGAUGCUCAUGCGGCCUCCAAAGAGAUUGAAUCUCUCGAAUUCGAUCCAGGAUCUGAGGAGGAUGACCGCAGCCAGUCCUCCGACUCGGACGACGAGCUAUCCUCUUCGGGCGCUUCUUCCGACGGAGAACCCCUUGCCGAUGAUUUCCUUGGCGGCAGCGAAGAUAGUGAGGAAGUGGAAGAGUUGGGGUCGGAUUCUGAUGAAUCUGAUCUGGAGGCAAAAUCAAGAGCCAUAGACGAGGCAAAAGCGAGGGCGGAGGAGGAAGCGCAAGAGGAGUUGCAGCUUAAUAUAAAGGGAGAAUCUGAUGAGUUCAGAUUGCCAACCAAAGAGGAACUUGAAGAAGAAGCACAGCAACCGCCCAAUCUUCAGAACAUUCAUCGAAGGAUCAAUGAAAUUGUACGUGUACUAUCUAAUUUCAAAAGUCUGAGGCAAGAGGGUGCUUCAAGGAAGGACUAUAUCAAUCAGCUUAAAACAGACAUAAUGUCUUAUUAUGGCUACAAUGAAUUUCUAAUUGAAACUUUUGUGGAGAUAUUCCCAGCUGUUGAACUCAUUGAACUACUUGAGGCUUUUGAAAAGGGCCGACCUGAAUGUCUGCGCACAAAUACUUUAAAGACUCGUAGACGUGAUCUUGCUGGUGUUCUAAUAAACAGAGGAGUGAAUUUGGAUCCAAUAGGCAAAUGGUCAAAGGUGGGUUUAGUUAUUUAUGAUUCUCAAGUGCCAAUUGGUGCAACUCCUGAGUAUUUGGCAGGACACUACAUGAAACAAGCUGCAAGUUCAUUUUUACCAGUGAUGGCUCUAGCUCCACAAGAAAAGGAGCGAAUAGUUGACAUGGCUGCUUCUCCAGGUGGUAAAACUACAUAUAUUGCUGCCCUUAUGAAGAAUACAGGCAAACACAAUGUGCUUUACUUGAUUAGUUGUUUAAUUGCUUCAAUUUUAUUGGAAAUUAUGCUAACAUUAAUAAGUGGGCUUACUAGAAAGAAUACAAUAAAAAUAUUAGUAACCAAGUGGAAUUUUGUGUGAACCCAAUAGAUGAUAAAAUGAAAAGGGUAUAGGUUGAGCUGAUAUGGAUAUGUUUAAAGAGA